AUGUCCCGCCUGGACAGCUCCCCAGGCUUCGGCUCCGGCCAGAACCAACAAGAAGUGCCCGGACCCCUGCACCUCCACUACCAGUCUCCCGCCUCCGAAUGGUCGGAGGCCCUGCCAAUCGGCAAUGGGCGGCUAGGCGCGAUGGUCCAUGGGCGAACAGUGACCGAGCUUAUUCAGUUGAACGAAGAUUCGGUCUGGUACGGCGGGCCGCAAGACAGAACUCCAAAAGACGCCCUCCGCCACCUCCCGAAACUCCGCCAGCUCAUUCGAGAUGAAAAGCACGCCGAGGCCGAGUCCCUCGUGCGCGAGGCGUUAUUCGCGACGCCCGCGAGCAUGCGGCACUAUGAGCCGUUGGGCACUUGCACCAUUGAGUUCGGGCACGCAGCGGAAGAUGUGACCGACUACCACCGCCAUUUGUGUGUCGAGACCGCCCAGACAACCGUCGGAUACCGAUGCCAAGGGGUCUCGUACCGCCGAGACGUGAUUGCCAGUUUCCCGGAUAACGUGUUGGCCAUUAGGUUUUCGGCGUCUGAACUCCCCCGGUUUGUCGUACGACUCAACCGUGUUAGUGAGAUUGAAUGGGAGACGAACGAGUUCCUUGACAGUAUCGAUGCGAAGGACGGACGGAUAGUCUUGAACGCGACCCCGGGCGGCCGAAACAGUAACCGUUUAUCGAUUGCCUUGAGUGUUACCUGCGACGAUGCCGAAGGUUCGGUGGAGGUGGUUGGCAAUGCUCUGGUGGUGAAGUCGACAGCCUGCACGAUUGCCAUUGGCGCGCAAACCACGUUCCGAACCGACGACCCCGAGGCUGUUGCUGUUAAUGAUGUGCUUGAUGCGUUGCGGUAUCCUUGGGAUGAGUUGGUCGAGCGCCAUGGAGAGGAUUAUCAGAAGCUGUUCAACCGGACGAGUCUUCGCAUGUGGCCGGAUGCAAGUCAUGUUGUGACUGACACAAGAAUAAAAGAAGGUCGAGAUCCUGGCCUGGUUGCUUUAUACCACAACUACGGUAGGUAUCUGCUCAUAUCUUGCAGUCGCAACUCUGAGAGGGCGCUGCCGGCAACCUUGCAAGGCAUUUGGAACCCCUCGUUCGCGCCGCCAUGGGGAUGCAAGUACACCAUCAACAUCAACCUGCAGAUGAACUACUGGCCGGCAGGGCCAUGCAACCUUACCGAAUGCGCGGUCCCCGUCUUAGAUCUUCUAGAGCGAAUGGCAGAAAGAGGCAGGAAAACAGCAAAGACGAUGUACGGCUGCGAAGGAUGGUGCGCUCAUCACAAUACCGAUAUUUGGGCAGACACGGAUCCUCAAGAUCGGUGGAUGCCGUCAACUAUCUGGCCCCUCGGAGGGGUCUGGGUUUGUAUUGAUGUCUUUGAGAUACUGCGUUACCAAUACGACGAAAACCUACAUAGGAGAGCAGCACCGAUUUUAGAGGGCAGCAUCAUAUUCCUACUGGACUUUUUGAUCCCGUCUGCUUGUGGAAAGUAUCUAGUUACGAAUCCGUCUCUGUCUCCGGAGAAUACGUUUCUCUCGGAAUCAGGAGACGCUGGUAUUCUCUGUGAAGGAUCCGCCAUCGACAUGACCAUCAUUCAGAUCGCAUUUGAGCGGUUUCUAUGGAGCACUGACAUUCUAAAUAAAGCCCACCCCUUACGAGCGAAAGUCAAGGACGCCUUGGAGAGACUACCUGGGCUGGCGACAAACCCUGACGGGCUGAUCCAAGAAUGGGGAUUGAAGGACUACAAGGAGCAGGAGCCGGGUCAUCGACACGUAUCCCACCUAUUCGGCCUUUACCCCGGAGAGAGCAUCAGCCCAGCAAGAUCGCCAGAGCUGGCUGUCGCAGCGAAGAAAGUCCUCGAGCGAAGAGCGGCCCACGGCGGCGGACAUACGGGAUGGAGCAGGGCCUGGCUGCUGAACCUCCACGCCAGGCUCUUGGAUGCCGAAGGCUGCGGCCAGCAUAUGGACCUUUUACUUAAAGGCUCUACGCUACCCAACAUGCUUGACAACCACCCUCCCUUCCAGAUAGACGGGAACUUUGGUGGGUGUGCCGGCAUUCUCGAGUGUCUGGUCCAAUCGAGCGUGAUCGAGGCGAACACCGUUGAAAUACGAUUGUUGCCCGCAUGUCCCAAAGAUUGGUCCCAGGGCGAGCUCUCGGGGGUCCGAACCAAAGGAGGCUGGCUCGUGUCAUUAAAAUGGCGGGACGGCGUCGUCCUUGAGCCGUUGGUUGUGGAGAGCCCUGAUGCCAAGGGUGCUGAGGCUCAAAUUGUGUUCCCGGACGGCGCUCGAACUAUCGUGCGUGGCGGCGCGCCGUCAUCCAGGCACGAUGUAUACGCGACCCAGGGGGAAAACAAGGCAGAGCUAAAAUAG